AAAUAGGAUGGGAUGAUGAGCAAGAAGUGGUGCCUGCCUGCCUCUGGUUUUUCAAGUCCAACAACCUCCUCUCCUUACCGCUAAUGCUAACUCCCCUCUUUCCAUCUUUCUCUCUCUUCUUCUUCUUCUUCAUCUCCCUUCAUCAUCCAUGGAAGUUAACAACUUCUCUUUCAACCACCGCUCCCUCCGAUUAACCUCUCCCCUCUCUCUUUCCUCUCCCCGUACACACUUCCUCGGUUUCAACCAUACUCUCAAGCCACCUGCUUCUCCAGCUCCAUCAAUUCGCUCUCGAAACAAAACCAACAGGUUAAGUCUUCUUCGCCUCCAUUCACCGCGUUUCGUCUUCAAGGCUUCUUUUCACUCUCACUCUCUUAUAGUCGUUGUCGUCGUUGUUACUUUAUCUGCUGUUUCCUUGCUUCACUUCACUCUCAACAAGAGAAAGAAGAAUCUCAACCAGGGACAUGCAAAAUAUGCAUUAUCGCCACAAGGAAGUAAUGUUGGGAACCAGGUCAUUGACAGCCAGAUUCUUGGUUUUCCAAAAUUUCAAAGGGAUAACUCGCUGAGCGAAAUUGGGAAGUUAAAUGAUAUCAACGGAAAGGAAAACCAUGUUUUUGAGGACCAAGAGGUCCACCUUCAAUUUUUGCAAUCUUCUAUGGUGCAAGAAACUGCCUUGAAGACUCAGACGAUAGAUUCAUCUUCGUCUGUUCUUGACUCUAGUGUCAAUGAUAACAGCUCCGAGGUAUUAGAGGAGCCUUUUUUAUCUGUGACUUUCCAAUCAGGUUCAUUAGAACCUAUAGCUUUUGCUGAGGAAAUGACUCUACAAGUGGUAGAAAAUCAAGAUGUAGUUGACUCUGAUCUCGAGUUGCCUUUGAGUAUGGUCAAACCUGAGCAUGAUGCUUCUUCUGUUGAUGUAGACAAUGCACUUUCUACAAUCAAUGAACAUACUAAAGAAAAAAUUGAACUUCGUGCCAUCAAAAGUGGUGUCCUUUUUGGCGAAUCUGUUAGGGAAGGGCUGUACAUGUUUUAUGAGGACAAAAAUUCUGCCUCCGGAUCCAUGAAACCCCUGAGUAGUAAUGAGUCAUUAUCUACCGGUGCUUCUUUUGCGAAUAGCAAAGGAUUUCCAUCUGCAAUAGGAAAUACCAGCGUGAAUGGAUUAAGAUUAUCUACAGAUAUUUCUCAACGAAAUGCAGAGUUUGUUGAAGGAGCAGUUAAAAUUUCCAGUCACAGAGAAGGCUUCCCUCGACAACAUGUAAGUAAAAACUUGAGAAAAGCCGGAAGAUAUCUGAGAGACAGGGAAAGGAACUAUAUGGAUCAUAAUAGUAACAAAGUUUUGCCCCAGAGUUCCCACUCAGUCAGGGUGCAUGUCGAUCAGAAAAAGGAUAAAAUCAGGGUCCACGAUGGUCAGAAAAUUGAUCCUUCAAAGCAUCUAAGCAAAUAUAGUUACUUGCUAAAAGCUGGCAGGCUACGUGAAUGUGUAGAAUUGCUUAAAGAUAUGGAAAUGAAGGGUUUAUUAGAUAUGACUAAGGCUUAUCAUGCCAAGUUUUUCAACAUCUGCAAGAAACAAAAAGCUGUUAAAGAAGCUUUUGAUUAUAUUAGGCUUAUUCCAAAUCCAACAUUGAGUACGUUUAAUAUGCUUAUGUCGGUGUGUACAAGCUCCCAAGAUUCAGAAGGGGCUUUCCAAGUUAUGCAGCUUCUUAAGGAUGCUCAACAAGAUCCUGAUUGCAAACUUUAUACUACUCUGAUAUCAACUUGUGCAAAAACUGGGAAAGUUGAUCUAAUGUUUGAAGUAUUUCACACGAUGGUUAAUUCUGGAGUGGAACCUAACGUUCAUACCUAUGGGGCGCUUAUUGAUGGUUGUGCUAGAGCUGGUCAAGUAGCUAAAGCAUUUGGUGUAUAUGGGAUAAUGAGGUCAAAGAAUGUGAAGCCAGAUCGUGUUGUUUUCAAUGCACUUAUUGCUGCAUGUGCACAGUCAGGAGCAAUGGCUCGUGCCUUUGACGUGGUAGCAGAAAUGGAAGCUGAAAUACAACCUAUUGAGCCAGACCACGUAACUUUUGGUACAUUGAUGAAGGCAUGUGCAAAGGCUGGUCAGGUUGAACGAGCACGUGAAGUGUAUAAGAUGAUACAACAAUAUAAUAUAAAGGGAUCUUCAGAAGUUUACACAAUUGCAAUUAAUUCUUGUAGUCAAACUGGAGAUUGGGAAUUUGCACGUAGUGUAUACGAUGACAUGACCCAGAAAGGGGUGCUCCCUGAUGAGAUGUUUCUUAGUGCACUAAUAGAUGUUGCUGGGCAUGCUCAAAAUCUGGAGGCUGCUUUUGAUAUAUUACAACAGGCCCGGAAAGGAGGAAUACAGAUUGGAAUGAUGACAUAUAGCUCAUUGAUGGGUGCCUGUAGCAAGGCAAGAAAUUGGCAGAAAGCAUUGGAGCUAUACGAACAUCUUAAAUCUCUUAAAUUGGUGCAAACAGUUUCAACUGUUAAUGCUUUGCUCACUGCUCUUUGUGAUGGGGAUCAAUUUCAGAAGGCUUUGGAGGUUUUAUCUGAAAUGAAAGGAUUAGGAUUGCGCCCAAACAGUAUCACAUUCUCAAUACUUAUCGUGGCAAGUGAGAAGAAGGAUGAUAUGGAAGCAGCUCAAAUGCUCUUUUCUCAAGCCAAAAAGGAUGGUGCACCCCCUACUCUCAUCAUGUGUAGAUGCAUAAUUGGAAUGUGCCUGCGGAGAUUUGAGAAAGCUUGCCUUGUUGGUGAACCUGUUUUAUCUUUCGACUCAGGACGGCCACAAGUUAAUAAUGAAUGGACAUCACUGGCUUUAACGGUGUAUCGUGAAACAAUCGGAGCUGGUGAAAAGCCUACAAGUGAACUAUUGUCACAAAUUCUGGGAUGCAUGAAAUUCCCUUACGAUACAUAUCUGAAAAAUAGACUUGUUGAGAACCUGGGAGUGAGUUCUGAAACCUCAAGAAAUUCAAACCUCUGUUCAUUGAUAGAUGGAUUUGGUGAAUAUGAUCCUCGUGUUUUUUCAAUACUUGAGGAAGCUGCUUCAUAUGGAGUUGUUCCAUCUGUGUCAUUUAAAGUGAAUCCUAUUGUUAUUGAUGCUAAAGAAUUGCAUGCUUUUACUGCUGAGGUAUACCUCUUAACUGUUUUGAAAGGCCUCAAGCAUCGACUAGCAGCAGGUGCAAGACUACCCAAUUUAAUCAUUUUAUUGCCUGUAGAAGAAACAAAAGUUUCGUCUCCCAAUGGGGAAAAGAUUAUUAUACUUGCAGAAAGAGCUGGCCAAGCAGUUGCAGCGUUGUUCAGGAGGCUUCAUAUUCCCUACCAGGGUAAUGAAUCGAAUGGGAAACUUAGAAUAAAUAGUCUGGGCUUGAUAAAAUGGUUUCAGCCAAAGCUUGCAUCUCCAUUCAGCGGUUUACCAGGUGACUGGAGCUCAUCUGAAUCACGACUGGGCAAAAAUAUUAGCCAUCAGCAGCGAAACAUUCGAACUGGCAAUCUAUCUUUGGACUAAGAUUGAUUACCAUCGUUAAUACUUGCUCUCCAUUGCUAAUAUUUUUUCAAUAGAAGUUGAAAUUCUCUUUAUCCUAAUGGUAUAGUAGAAGAGUAGUGAUCUAGACCCAAGAAAGCUGCAUAUAAUGCCUUCUUGAGUGCUGAGGCCAUUGAAUGCUAAGAGCAGGGUAAGUGUAGGACAUUGCCGCAAGUACAUUUUGACAUUUUGAUGAACGAACCACAAUUGAAUAUAAGAUGGCAAAGAUCUCGUUCUUGUGAUUACCCACAGCUACGUGGCCUUUGCAACGCGGAUUAUAUAAAUGUUUGAUGAUAGAGAUGCUGAUAUUUGUUAAUGUAUGCGUUAUUGCUACCUGUAUUGUUUUUGCCAGAACUCUCUAGGUGUAUACUAAAAAGUAGACAAAUAAAGAAAUAUGUAUAUCAGAUGAUUUUGGUGUUGAUAUUUAUAAGUUCUUCCAAUAUAUAUGUACUAUCCGCCGAUUCGAGAAUGA